ACCGGUGUGUAUUUUCUUCUUCAAUUCCUUGAUUUGUAUUCUUAUAUAUGCAUUGGUACAUGAAAAGUUUGUGUCUAUUUUUUUGUUCUAUUCUAAUUUAUGUAAAAAACUUUCGAUUAUGAGAUCUGAAAAUAGAGCUAUGACGGAUUGUAUAUUUCUGAAGAAGAAGAUCAAUUAUGUGGUUGAAAGCCGAGAUUUGUGUGUCUAUGGUUUCUUAAUGUGAAGGUUUGGAGCUUUGGGGAAAUAGGCAUAGUAUUUCGUCGCUUUUAUUCAUUUCGUCGUCUUUUUAUUGUGUGUCUGGGCUAUCUAGAAAUUGGAUAUUUGGAGUGAAGAGUUAGAGGUGUUUUGCGGGUGGGGGCUUAAAUUAAUAAAGAUGGCUAUGGUGAACUUGUCGUGGAGUGACGAGGACAAAGCCAUGGUGGCGGCGGUGUUGGGGACUAAGGCUUUUGAUUAUUUGAUUUCGAGCUCGGUUUCGGCUCAGUGCUCGUUAAUGGCGGUGGGAAACGAUGAGAAUUUACAGACAAAGCUUUCAGAUCUCGUGGAGCAUCCCAACGCAAGUAAUUUUAGUUGGAAUUAUGCAAUUUUUUGGCAACUUUCUCGUUCUAAGUCGGGGGAACUGGUGCUGGGAUGGGGUGAUGGGUGUUGCAGGGAGCCCAGCGAAGGAGAGGAGUCUGAAGGUACCCGGAUUCUGAAUCUGCGUCUAGAAGACGAGACCCAGCAGAGGAUGAGGAAGAGGGCUAUCCAGAAGCUACAUAUGAUGUUUGGGGAAGCUGAUGAAGAGAAUUAUGCUUUUGGAUUGGAUAGGGUUACAGAUACUGAGAUGUUCUUUCUUGCCUCCAUGUACUUUUCUUUUCCUAAGGGAGAAGGUGGUCCAGGGAAGUGUUUUGGAUCUGGCAAGCAUUUCUGGUUAUAUGAUGCUCUCAACUCCCCUAUAGAAUAUUGUGUUAGAUCAUUCCUUGCAAAGUUGGCUGGAAUGCAAACUAUUGUCUUGAUUCCGACUGAUGUAGGGGUUGUGGAAUUGGGGUCUGUGAGAUCCAUACAGGAGAGUUUGGACAUGUUGCAGUCAAUCAAAGCUUGCUUCUCUUCAUUCUCUUCACUUUCACUUUCCAGAGCAGCGAAGCAAUCUGCACCUAUACCUGUCAUAAUGGACGACAGGAAAGAUGCUUUCACCAGUCCAAUGGUUAAUGAGCACCGCCCGGAUGGAAUUCCAAAAAUUUUUGGUCAGGAUUUAAACUCUGGUUGCUGCCCUCCUCAAUUUAACAAGGAAAAACAACAUGCUGUUAGGAAAGCAGAGGAUAGGCCAUGGAAUGCAUACAUAAAUGGGAAUGGGGUGGCAUUUUUAAAUACACCACCACCACCACGAAAUGGUGUUCACAGUGCAUCUUGGCCCCAAUUCAGUAAUUUGAAGCCAGGGAAGGCAGUAGAGAUCUACAGUCCACAGAACCAAGAGCUUGUUGUUAAUGGGGGGGCAGCAAGAGAUGACUUUAGGCUCAACAGUUUUCAGCCACAAAAACCUGCUGCUGCUGCUGCACAAAUGCAAAUAGACUUCAGUGGAGCAACCUCAAGGCCCAUUGUUUCACACUCCUCCCCUACCGUUGAAUCAGAGAAUUCGGAUAUUGAAGCUGCUGCUUCAUGCAAGGAGGACCACCCAGGUCUGCUCGACGAGAAGAGACCACGAAAACGAGGACGGAAACCUGCUAAUGGAAGGGAAGAGCCCCUCAAUCAUGUAGAAGCUGAGAGACAACGGCGGGAAAAGCUGAACCAGCGGUUUUAUGCACUACGAGCAGUAGUUCCAAACAUUUCCAAGAUGGACAAAGCUUCCCUCCUAGGAGAUGCCAUUGCCUACAUCACUGAGCUACAAAAGAAACUCAAGGACUUGGAAUUGGAGAGGGAGAGAGUGGGGGGAGGCAGUAGUUCAAGAGAAACGAGUCCAAAUUCGGAGAUUCAAAACCACCACCGAGUUCCCAACAUCAGUAUUGAAGCGGGUAAGAAUGAAGUAAUUGUAAGGGUGAGCUGCCCAUUGGAAACCCAUCCGGUAUCAAGAAUCAUCCAAGCAUUCAAAGAGGCACAGAUCAGAGUUGUUGAGUCCAAAGUGGCUGCAGGGACGGAUACGGUGUUGCACACAUUUGUGGUGAAGUCCAGUGGAUCGGAGCCGCUGACAAAGGACAAGUUGAUUGCUGCAUUUUCUUGCGAAUCAUCAAGCUCUCUGCAGCAGCCGCGGCUGUCAUCUGUUGUUGGGUUAUAACAGUUAUGGCAGCACACAUAGUCUUAGCUUAAGAAUGUAGUAGUAAAUUGAGAAGGUUUAAUGCGCUUAUGCAGAGAUUUUGUUUAUUAUACUACACCCACCAGUUCAAGCCAGGAAAUAGAAAAAAUAACAAUCUAUUGACAAAACAAUGUAGCAAUUUUUCUGCUCUUCAUUAGCAAUGCCAAUACAUAUUAAUACAUACGUAUUAGAUCAUUUUC